ACGCGAUCGGCCACAAUCCGCGCAGUGGCAAGCCGGUCAUUUGACGAUGCGAGAGUCGCGGGGCAUGAGCGUGCUUGGCGUCGACGCCAACGGCCGGACGGCGCUCCACCGCGCGUGUGCAGACGGCGACCUCCUCCUUCUCGAGAAGCUCCUGCUCGACCCGACAGCGGACAUUGCGCUGGAAGACUACGGCGGUAUGUCGCCGCUCGAGCACGCGCUGCGCGGCGGCCACCACCCGUGCGCCGGGCUUCUCCGCAGCGAGGCCCACUACCGCGCCACGACACCGCACCACCCGUACCACGAGCACCUGCGCGCCGAGCUCAACGUGGCCGACGGCGCCAUGUUCAGCGAGCGGCUCUUCCGCCAGGCGCUGGGCAGCGACCCGGCCGCCGCGCUGCGGUACCUCGACCAGUUUGUCAACAGCGAUGGCCGCUACACCCUCACGUUCAAGGACCUCGACGCGAUCUACGGCAAGUACCACAUCAAGAGCUCAGCCUUGUACUCGGUGCUCAACGGCCACAUCCUCGCGUACGAGGACGACGAGAAGCUGAGCGUCUUGCGCCACGUCGUGCUGCAGCGCAUCCUCGACGUCAAGUGGGAGCUCUUUGGCGCGCGCAAGUACUACCAGCACGCCCUCCUCUUCGUCGCGAUGCUCAUGGCCAUGACCAUGGUCGUCAUGAGCGUCUUCGCGUUCAAGCGCAUUGACGCGCUCAAGAACCUCGACCCGACCGACCCCGAGUACGUCGCGGCGCUGAAGCGCGCGCUGCGCAUCGAAGCCAGCUUUGUCAUCUGGGUCGUCUUCCUCGUCUUUAGCGCCGUCGCCAGCCUCCACUUGCACUACUUGGAGCCGAUGACGUUUGCGCGGCUCACGCGGCGCAUGUACGACGGCAUGGACAUCCUCGAGCCGUCCUUUGCGAUUCCCAACGCGUGGCUGCUCCGCCGGGUGCUGCUAUGGACGCUUCUCAUUGCGACACCGGUCGUGCUCGUCUUGACGCUGGCGAUCCCGAGCGCGGGCCAAGCCGUCGUCGAGGCCGUCGUGCUCUUCAACUUGUACUGUACACUGGCCGUGCUCUUCGGCUGCGCAGUGUACUUCUUACUGCUCGAGUACCGCGAAGUGCUCGGCGAGGAUCCGUGGAUCUUCGAGCGCAUCGAGGCCAGCGGCGGCCUCCGCAAGGCCGUCUGGAUCCUCGUCCUCGCCCUCGUGCUGCCGUGCAUGACGCCGUUCCUCCCGACGUACCGCCGGUACUACGCGUCGCACGUCAACAAGCUCCAGCUCCUCACGCACCUCUGCGUCAUCUUUGUGUUUACGCCAUUGCACUUUUGGCGCCUCUGCGCGCCGCUCUCGCCCGGUCUCAAGGACGUGUACCUCUGUCUUGGCGCGUUUCUCACGCUCAGCCUCUGGAUGCUCUCGCUGCAGUUCCUCGAGGUCAACAAGACCGCCGGCUACCUCCUCCCGAUGGUCAAAGAUGUCAUGGGCGACGUCUGGGACUUUACCAUUUUCUACGGCGUCUUCCAGUGCGGCCUCACGUGCGCCUUUUACUUUAUCUUCGAGCAAGAGUCGGAUGCGUACAAGACGCUCUGGGCGAGCUUCCGGACCACGUACUUUGUCUUGUACGGCGACAAUGGCAGCGACGACUUUACCCUCAAGGACAACGACGGGCAACACGUUUUACCCGACGUUUUGCUGCAUUUCGGGUUGAUUUUACGCAUGUUUCACUGCGCGGUCAUGGUCGUGCUUCUGCUCAACUUGCUGCUGGCGAUGAUGAACAAGACGGUCGACGGCAAUUGGAACAAGCUGCAGGCGCGGGCGCUGGCGAGCUACGCGCGCUGCGUCCUGCGCCUCGAGAUCGCCUUGGGCCAGACCCAGGCCGAGCGCGAGCAGCUCUUGCACUUUGCCCUCCCAGGCGGCCGCGUGCGCAACCCGAUCUUUGAGGAGCCCGUGUCCAAGCAAGAGCUCGCUCAGCAAGACUACGCACACCGCAACGACGACGCCCAAGAGUCGCCAGACGACAAGAUCGCAACGCUGCAAGCCACUGUCGACCACCUCGUCACCGUCGUCGAGUCGAUGCGCCAGCGAUUGGAGACUUCGCAUCUCUAA